CUUUUUCUACGUCGUUAAGUUAAUCAUAUUUUCCCUCUUUGGAGUAAACAACAGAAAAAAAGACAGAGAAAAGAAAGAGAGAAAACCAUAACUAUUGAAGUUCUCUUUCAUUUUCAUGUUUGUUAUUCUCUAAUUCGGUUAUCAAAUAUAAUGUGUUUUCUUUCAAUUCCCAAUCAACAAUCAAAGAACAAUUUAAUUAAAAGUGUCAACUAUGUGGCGACCUUGGAGAAAAUCACCUGGAAAUGGAACUGAUUUACACAAUCAGAAUUAUUCUGUUCCCUGUGAACAAUGUGAAGCUUCAUCAAUAUCCUUAUCACCAUCCACCAUGAAUACUUAUACUACUCUUACUCCCAGAAAUGCAAUCUCUUCAUCAUCAACACUUACCUCAACCUCUCUAAUUGACUUUAAUGGUCACCAAAAUAAUCAUAAUCAUCAUUUUACCAAUCGACAUCCAUUGAUUCAAGAGCAGCCCGAAGUACUCAUAAUUAAAAGUGAUUGUGAGUCUCUGUCCGAUGAUGAGGUCAAAAGUAAUACUGGAUCAGACUGUUAUCGGACCAGAUUUUAUUACGACUCACCUGUAUCUGGAUCACCUCCUCCCCCCUUAAUCUAUUAUCCAUUGGAUCAAAGAUCUUAUUCUGUUAGUAAUGAUAUUUCAUCAUCAUCAUCAUCAAUUCCAACUUUACCUGUGGCAAGUCCUGAAGUGUUAAACUUUAUAAAGCAACGUGAUCUUGAUCGUUUGGUGGAUCGUAUUGAGAAUUACAAUUGUAAUGAUACAACAGUAAACUCUUGCAUUUUACCUCGAACUAUGGUGGAUAACGAAACCACCGAACCUUUUAUACCAAAUGAAGAUGAUAUUAAUAGUAGGCAAUCAUCAUCAAUGCCUAUUAACUGUUGUGAUGGGUUAACCUUAUUAAGUGCUCUUGCUGAGCAACGAGCCCUUGAAGAGGAAAGUCGACUUGAAAGUGAUAGAUGUUACCCUUAUCCCUAUUCAGCUGAUUUUAGACCAAGUGAUCUAUUGACAACAUCAUCUCCAUUAACAAAUAUAAGAAGGUUAACCCUUGAACCACCCGAACAUCGAAUACAAUCCGUUGAAAGGCCAAUCAGUACAAGUUCUACUGAUUUUAAUCUAAAAGAAGACGAAACAUGUUCCAAUGAGCCAAUAUUUGAACCUCAGAUAAAUUCACCAAUGCCAACAACAUCUCCACCACCUCCCCCUGUUCUUACUGUAUCGCCAAAUCUUCCCUCAAUCAUAAAACCAGCAUCUUCCAUUUCAUCCUGUGAGAAAAAAGACUCACCCAUAUUACCUCCUAAAUCCCGUGAAAAAUCACAACAAUUAUCAAAAGUAAAAUCUCAAAAAAUAACAAAAAAAUCAUCUUCUACAUCUUCACCAGCACAAGCAGCAAAAUCAAAAUCAAAAUCUGAAUCAUCAUCAUCUUCUUCGGCAGUAUCAUCAUCAUCAUCAUCAUCAAAAACAACAACAACAACAAUAACACCCAUUGAACUUCCUUUGAAAAAAAGAAAGCGUCAAUCAUCAUCAUCAGUUUCAUCAAACGAAUAUAAUUUUACCCGUCGCAGUGAAAGACUAUUUGUUCUGGACUCAUAUUAUCUUUAUGGUAUCCAACCUCCUGAUGCUCGAAAAGAAUUAUUCGAGAAAACUCCACCAAGAUCUAAGAAAUCGGCACAGAAAGAAUCAUCAUCAACCUCUUCCAUCGAUUCAUCCACAUCGACGACCACAAACAACACAACUAAACCAAUAUCAUCAUCAUCAUCAUUAUCAUCUUCAUCUUCACCAACUAUUAAACCUUCAAUUAAAAGUAAUACAUCGACUAUCGUUGCAACUUCUCCUUUUACCAAUAAUGAGUCUUGUCAUCAAGUAGAAAACAAUCAACAAGAUGAAGUAAUUCCAUGUGAUGCAAAAAGUGAGGAAAUUGAUGAUUUAUCAAUUAAAUUAGAAGAUAAAAGAAAGCGUAAAAAGAUGCAAAUCAAUAAUGACAAUAAUAAUAAUACAAAUUGUACCAAUAAUCAUGUUACCUCUGUUGAUAAAGAUAUAAAAUCGACGACUACGACGACGAUAAGCACAACAGCAAAUAUAAAACCUGUUAAAGAAAAUAAUGUUUAUAAAAUGAAGAGAAACGCAAAGUCAAAAAUACGAAAUUAUAAUGGAAAUGAUAACAAUUCGAAAUUUUUAUCCGAAAACGAAGAAUGGAACUGGUCUGGUCCCGGAAUCAAAAAAUCAACUGGAAAGCCAAAGUCAAAGAAAACCUUUUACAAAGAGAUUAUCCGUGGCAAUGAAUUAAUUAAAAUCGGCGAUUGUGCUGUUUUCUAUUCGCGAUCUAAACCAAAUUUACCAUACGUUGGACGAAUCGAUUCAAUGUGGCAAUCAACCAAUGGUUCAAUGAUCGUUCGCCUUACAUGGUUCUACCAUCCAGAGGAGACAAAAUCUCAUCCCAAUCUUAAAGAUUUAAAGGGAGCUCUAUUCGAAUCUCAACAUUACGAUCAAAAUGAUGUUCGAACCAUUUUACAUAAAUGUUCAGUUCUACCCUGGGAGGAAUAUCAGUCUCGACUAAAGGAUAAUCCAGAGAUAAACAAUAAUCCACAAUUACCAAAGCUCUACUAUCUGGCCGGUUAUUAUGAUCCCAUCAGUAGGAAAGUUCAGAUAUCACCUGAGAUUCCAUUAAAAGAAGUUUAAUCAAAGGAAAAGUCCCUCUCUCACCAUCUUCAUCAUCAUCUUGUCUUAAUGAAAGCAAAAAAAUCAAAAAACAACUACAAAAAUCAACAAUGAUUCACAAAAACCCUUUUACAUUUACUAUUUCCACCUACAACUCACCUUUUCAUCUUGCGAUUUACUUACUUCUUUUCUCUCUUAAUUUAUUUUCACUGUGUCUCUCUCUCCCUCUCCCUCUCCUACUCUUUCAUCCUUAAUAAUUUGUAAUACCAAACACUCUCUCAUCUUCCUUAUCGUAUCCCAAUAGUUUGUUACUCUUCUUCCCCCCUCUCACUCUCUCUCUCUUUCUUUCUCUUUUAAUUAUCACUAUCCUCUUUUUGCAAGAGAAAAACAGUUUCCCUUGAAGGAGAAAAAGUUCAUCAUCUUUCUCACUCACAGUAACAAUACUACAAUUUAAUUUCGUUGGAAAACAUUGUACUUCUUUGCUUGUCGAAUCAACAAGAAGAUCGUUAUGUUUAAUGUCAUCUCUCAAAUUUUAACUGAAAACAAAAACAAAAUAAAAAAUGUUCCAAAAUCAUCUUAA